CUGGUGUGUUAGUAUACUCCGAAGUAGAGGACAAUCUGCUUUACCAGCUGCCAGAAAAACAUAAUUUAGAAGUGGUGAUGGCUCUUCAGGUGGGAUACAAUGAAGAUGCAGAGUUUCACAGACAGCAGCCAACCAAGAGAGUCUCAUUUCAUCUUCCUGCUACUUUAACGGAAACACCACAUCGGGAUCCAUUUAUCCAGAUAUCACCCAUGCCUGAUAAUACAUUAUUAGCUGUAGGUCAAGAUGGCCUGAUCUCGGUCUGGACAUCGGAGCUUAAACUGAAGAAAAAUCGAUUUAUUCUGGAUGAACACAAACAACCGAAUAAAAAAGUAAAAUGGAUCGCCGACUCAACUCUUAUGGUUCAAUACAAUAAGCUCAUUAUUGGGACAUGUGACCGAGAGAUACGUCUUUAUGAACUUUCCAACUUUGAACCUUAUUGUCAAAUUGUUGGCCUGGAAACACUGCCACUUCAUUUAGGCUACAGUCCAAGAGAUGCAGAUGAGUGUGUCAUAUAUUUUGGUGAUGAGCAGGGAUGUAUCAACAUCAUUUUGGUGGCACAUGUGGCAGAAACUUUAAGGAAUUGGACAAAGAGUCAAGUUAUCGAUGAAAUUCCCUCCAUUGAUAUUGAUAACAUAAAGGACCAUGGUCAUGUUAAAUACAUUCGCUGGAAGGUUCACAAUGACUGGGUGACACAGAUUAGAUAUGUUCAUUCUAUGGAAUCCAUUAUCUCAAGCUCCAAUGAUGAUUUUACCGCUCUUGUCAUAGGUUGUGUAGAAGGAACAAAAAACGUGCAGCAGAGGCUCCGAGACCUUAUGGAGUCGAGCAGCACAAGCAGUAGACGUACCUUGCUGUCUGCAAAUAUUCCUCCCAAGAGGAAUCUCAAUGACGAAUCUCUGUUCAAAGUUAAAAGAGGUGUCAAGACAUUUGAUUUUUGCAAGAAAAGCAACAUCCUCGUAACUGGAGGUUUGGACAGGAUAGUUCGUAUUUGGAAUCCUUAUGUUCCUGGAUGGCCGACUGGGUUAUUACGUGGACACUCUUCACCAAUCAGCUUCCUAUGUAUUGGGGAUGAAAGCACAAAAAUAUACUCUGUGUCUACAGACUGCACUGUUAUGGUCUGGGAUGUCGAAGACCAUACUUGUCUGAUCAAUGUAAUAUCAAAGGCCAGCCAGAUCAGAGGGGAAAUUGCCACAUGCUGCUUCUCGCCACACCUCAGGUCUCUGUACAUUGCAACCGAUUCCCUUGCUGCUCUUCAACUCCAGGAAAACUCCACACAACUUGGUGUCCCAACUCUUUCACACAAUGAGCCUGUAACCUGCUGUGAAUACAACCAGAACCUCCAACAGGUCAUUAGUUGCUGCACGGGAUCUGUUAUAAAGACGUGGGACCUCCUCACAGGACAACUUAUUUCAGAGGUCACAGCAGCUCAUGGAAGCUCUCCUAUCACUUGUUUAGCCUUGGACCGCAGUGGAACCAGAAUUGUAACAAGUGGGAAAGAUGGAAGUUUGAAGCAGUGGAAUUGCAUCCCAAACUCUGUUAACUUCAUGCAAACUCUUGCACCAGGAAGAACAGCUACUUCAAAAGAUGAAUGCAGUGACUUGUCUUAUGCAGAACUGCAUGGUAUUCGGUAUAUUAUAUCUAUUGGAUGUGACAGAAGGAUCAGUAUUUUCCCAGAUCAUCAAGAUGCAUUGAUAACUGAAGAUGAAUAUCCACAGUGCAGUUUGAUUAACAAUAUGCGAAAAGAGAAUGAAAAAGGAAAGUUCUGUGUUGCCUUCUUACCACCAAAUCUCGUGGCAACAACCAGUUAUAAUGGUGAAAUCAUGCUGUGGAAUCUGGCAUCGGGGCACAUAUUAAACCGUCUAAUCGCUUCUACAUGUGAGGAGCCAGAGAAUGGAACAGGUGCUGAUGAUUUAAUCAUAAACAAAAUAGCUUUCAUCCACACAAGGACUGAACGGAAGGAGGAAUCCGCUGUUUUAGUUGCCAGUGGCCCACAAGGACAGAUCACUUUCUGGAAUAUUUCUGGUGGAGGCAGUAUCUUUGGGAGGUUUGCUGGUUCCCAGUAUAUGUCUGUAGUGAGUGACCUAGCCAUCAGUGAAGAUGGAUCCCUCCUGUGUGUAGCGGACAACAUGAAUUAUGUGUAUAUCUGGGAAAUAUCACAAUAUGCUCUGCAAGAACCAGAGGUGGAGCCCCCUACAUUGCUUCAUUGUUGGAGAGCACACCAGCACAAUAUCACCAGAGUGAUACCUGUGAUUAAACACAUGGUGGUAAUUACUUCUUCUUUGGAUUUCACCUUGAAGCUGUGGUCAAUGCAAGGCGAAUAUAUGGGGACAUUUGGUCAAACAAAAUCAUGGCAGAUUAAAAUAACAGCAUCCUCGAAAGAGCAAGACUUUGACACCAGUAUAUUUGCUCAGGUCCAAUCACCUCUGCCAGAGUCGGGAGCCAAUUCUGAGGAAUCACCAGAAAAUCAAAUCAUUCCUCCAGAGAUGCCUGCUCAUGUCAUUUUUGUAGAUGACAAAGACAUUGCAGAGGAGCUAAAGGAAAGAAAUCUUCUAAACUCAAAAAGCAGCAGAGUAAAAAUGUCUGGUACGAAACAAGCCUACGGAAGACUGAAUGCAUACAAAUCGUUGGAAAUAUGUGACUUAAUGAGUGUGUCAACCACCAUCCAAAAGCCAAAUCCAGCAGCAGAACUCAAUGACCCAUACGACCUGGCAUUCUAA